AUGGGAAAUAUAAUAAAUGAAUUAUGUCCAAAUGUUGUAGCUUUUGGACUUUUAAUUGCUCAUCGUCAACUGGUAGCACUUGUAAGAUUUAAAAGGCUAAAUUUGGAUGCUCCAGAUUUUAACACUAUUGUGAAUUUAAUCGAAUGUCACAAAGCAAAUAUGAUACACAGUGAUCAUCAAUUCCCUUUUUGUCUUCCAAAAUUUGAUCCAAAUCAAUUCCUUUAUGCCUACAUUUCAUACCUCUGGGAAGGCACAGGUCCAUGUCUAGUUUUGCUUUCAAUUACAAAUUCUGAUUAUGAAAAAUUAACUCAAAUACGGCCAAAACUUGAAGAGAACAUUUCUUCUUAUAAAUAUAAUACAAGACUUGUAUCUGCACUUUCUAAUCCUGAAGGUUUUUGUUUACAAGAGAAUAUCAAAUGGGCAGAACAAUUGUGGCAUUUUAUCUAUAAAAAUACUUCAAAUACUCAGGACCCAACACAAGUUUGUUGUUCAACACCCAAAAAACCAUUUAUUUCAUAUCAAGAAUUAAUAUUAUUAUAUAAUGGUUAUACUAAAUUGGCUGAUUUAUUGAGAAAAAGUGGUGGGGGAAUAAAAAUGUUAUUUCAAAUGUUGGAACGUUAUGUACUUUUUGCUUGGAUUACUACUAGUUUUGAACUUUAUUGUGGGUUUUUAGUUGAUAUUUUUGGGAUUGGUUAUGAUUCUUUGGGAAAAUUUCGCGAAAUUUCGGAAAAAGUUUCUUGCGAAAUUUCGAGUUUUUGCGAAAUUUCGGAAUUUUUUUUAACGAAAUUUUGA